AUUUUUCACUGCGAGGGAAAGGAAUCUAGAUACAGAGGUCUCAUUAUUAACUUCGGUUUUCUACUACUGCUGUUUUGAUAGUGUACUUUUAUUUCACUUCUUUGAUAUCAUGGAUUUCGGAAACAGUGUCUACCGUACUCUAAGAUGGCGUUUACUCUACAAAUUGACGUCGCAGAGAAAUCUGUUUCUCCUUUUCCUCAGUCACAUUGCCAGUGGGCAAAUACGUUAUUCAGUCCCAGAAGAAAUGAAGAAGGGAUCCCUUAUUGGGAAUAUCGCAUUGGAUCUUGGAAUAGACAUGCAGAGGAUCCACUCUGGCCGAGCCCGUAUCGUGACGGGAGACAGCAUCCAGUACACCGAGCUGAAGACGGACAAAGGGAUUCUAGUCGUGAAUGAGAGAAUAGACAGGGAACAGUUGUGUGGAGACACAACGCCAUGCAGCUUUACUUUUGAUUUGAUUUUAGAAAAUCCGAUGGAACUGCACCACGUUACAGUCGAAGUGUUAGACAUAAAUGAUAAUUCGCCGUCUUUUCAUCAGCAUGACAUGCAUUUGACGAUUGGAGAAUCAGCCGCACCGGGAGCACGUUUUGUUCUGCCAACAGCUAAUGAUCCUGAUGUAGGAGUCAACGGGCUUCAGGAUUAUCAUUUGUCUCCAAAUGAAAAUUUUGCAUUAAAAAAGCUUUCCAACACAGACGGAAGAAAAUUCGCGGAGAUAGUUCUUGAGAACCCGCUGGACAGAGAGCGACAUCCGAGUCUGUCCUUAAAGCUGAUAGCAGUGGACGGUGGAACGCCACAGAAAUCUGGCACAGUGAAUAUCGACAUCACUGUCCUAGAUGUUAACGACAAUUCUCCCGUUUUCAAUCAGUCAGUCUACAAGGCCACUGUAAUGGAAAAUGCUGCAAGAGGUACUUACAUCACCACUGUGAAUGCAACCGAUGCAGAUAGCGAACUGAAUGGUUUGAUUUACUAUUCUGUUUCCAAAAUGCAAGGCAGUAUCGACAGCAUUUUUUACAUGAACAAGACGACAGGUGUGGUGUUUCUUUCAGGGGGGGUUGACUAUGAAAAAACAAAAAAAUAUGAAAUACGUAUUGAAGCAACAGACCAAGGUGCUUUGACAGACUCCAGUAAAAUUGUAGUCGAUGUGAUUGACGUGAAUGAUAAUGCACCUGUCAUUAACGUGAUGUCCUUCACUAGUCCCGUGUCAGAAGACUCCCCUCCUGGCACAACAGUUGGCAUCAUUAAUGUAAAAGACCUGGAUUCAGGUGAUAAUGGACAGGUGAUUUGUAGAAUAGAACAAAAUGCUCCUUUCAAGAUUAAAUCUAAUUUAAGAAAUUACUAUAAUUUGGUCACAGAUUCUAAGUUAGAUAGAGAAAGUGUGUCAGAGUAUAAUAUCACUGUUGUUGCGACAGAUGCAGGGAUGCCUCCCCUCUCAACUAUAAGGACCUUUUACUUAAAGGUCUCUGAUGUGAACGAUAAUGCUCCCAUGUUUAAACAAGAGGUUUACAAUGCUUUUAUCAUAGAAAAUAAUUCUCCGGGUGUUUCUCUCCUUACUGUAAGUGCACAAGAUCCAGAUGCUAACCAAAACGCCCGUGUAUCUUAUAUUCUAGAUGUCAAUGACGUAGGCGGAAAUCCGGUGUCUGACUAUGUUUCUGUCAAUGCAGAAAGUGGAGUUAUACAUGCAGUGCGUUCAUUUGAUUAUGAGCAAAUCAAGCAAUUGGUUUUCAUCGUCAAAGCUCAGGAUGGAGGCUCUCCUCCUCUCAGUAGUAAUGUGACAGUGAAAAUACUGAUCCAGGACCAGAAUGACAACCCCCCUCAGGUCCUGUACCCAGUCCAGACUGGAGGCUCUGUGGUGGCUGAAAUGGUGCCUCGUUCAGCAGAUGUGGGCUAUCUGGUCACUAAAGUGGUGGCUGUUGAUGUGGACUCUGGACAGAAUGCCUGGCUCUCCUAUAAACUGCAGAAAGCCACAGACAGGGCGCUGUUUGAAGUGGGCUUACAGAAUGGAGAAAUCAGAACUAUCCGCCAGGUGACUGAUAAAGACACAGUGAAACAGAGACUGACUGUUAUAGUGGAGGACAACGGGCAGCCCUCUCGUUCAGCUACAGUCAUUGUUAACGUGGCGGUGGCGGACAGCUUCCCUGAAGUGCUGUCGGAGUUCACUGACUUUCCACACGACAAGGAGUACAAUGACAACCUGACUUUUUACUUAGUGCUGGCUCUGGCUGUAGUUUCCUUCCUCUUCAUCACCUGUUUAGUGGUUAUUAUAUCAGUGAAGAUCUACAGGUGGAGACAGUCUCGCAUCCUGUAUCACUCCAAUCUCCCUGUGAUUCCAUAUUAUCCACCACGUUACUCAGACACUUUGGGGACAGGGACUCUCCAACACGUGUACAACUACGAGGUGUGUAGGACGACUGACUCCAGGAAGAGUGACUGUAAGUUUGGUGGAGCUGGUAGUCAGAACGUGUUGAUAAUGGACCCCAGUUCUACAGGGACGAUGCAGCGGAUACAGGGUGAGAAGAGCAUCCUGGAUGAACCUGACUCUCCUCUAGAGGUCAGUUGAAAGUUUUAGAUGCAUGUGUUUUGGCACAUUUGUUUUAGCUGCAUUGAUAAAGCACACUGUUGCACACGAUUGUCACUUUCAGCACCAUGGACAGCAGUAGACAACACAUGCAGCCGUUAAACUGGCUCUUACAGAUAACGUCCAUAUGUAUAUUUCUCAUUUGCCAAAGUAAUGUCAUACUUUUGUGCACUGCAUUCAAGGCUAAGGUUUUUCAUGAGAUUAAUAACCUCACUCCUACAGGAUGGUAAGAAUCUAUUUUUUUUUGUGGCAGCUAACAGUAUUUAGUAAAUAAGGGCACAGGAAAAAUAGCAGUAAGCAUAACCAUCUAUUGCUCCAAUUGGCAAAUCAAAAUUUUCUGCUGCACUAAUGAAAGUUACUGUAUGACCUCGUUGUU